AUGGCCGACCAACAGCCAGACCAAGCUCCGCAGCCGGAGCAGCAGGACAGCGCCAUGCCAGAUGCUGCCCCCGCUCCCGCUCCCGCCCCAGCUCCUGCGCCCGACGCCAUGUCCGACGCCGAUAAAAUUCGCGCAAAGCGUCUUGCAAAGCUCGGCGGCCCCGCAUCGUCGAAUCCCCCCUCACGACCCUCCUCAGCCGCCCCAGAUGCUGCCUCGUCCGGCGCCUCAUCUCCAAAGCCAGCCGAAUCACAGCCCCCAACGCCGAAACCCCAGCCCCAGACCCAGACCACUGCGAACCCUUUCUCGCAAUUAGGCAUCAAGGCCGACGAGGCGCCUAAGAAGCGCAUCACCAUCAAGCCUGCUCAGCCGUCAAGCAGCACGCCCGCCCAGAAGCCCCAGGAACUAAGCAUAGAACAAUGGGAAGACCGGACUCUCAGCAACAUCUUCCGGAUAACGCUGGAUGAAAGCCACACACAAGAUGCCCAUGGAGGCAAGCUCCACUACGUCGCCAAUGCAAAGAGCGACCUGGAAGAUGAGGGGAGGCCGAUUCGUCUUUCGACAGACAUGCUAGACUCUGUCAUUUUGGAAGCGGCCUCAAGUCAGGCACAUGGCUCAGCAUUGGAAUAUCUGCUGAGCUGCUGGAAGCGUUUGUCCAGGCUGUUAAAGACUACUACCAACAAGACUGGUCCGAGAUUUGAGGUUGUCAAGGAGGCUCGGAGGCUAUGCUUCAGCUAUUGUAUAUUCGCUGCAACUAUGCCAGAUAUGUUUGGCGAAGACACCCCCGCAGAGAACGCUCUAGCCGACCGUCUCCUUCUCGGGCCCGACGAUGAACGCGGUAUCUGCUACGAAUUUCUUACCGAAGCUAGUCAACGGAUAGGCGAAGACGAUAUGAUUAGGGAAGCUCUUGUCGGUGCUAUGGAGGAAGUGAGCCGCCGACUUUCCAGUGUUUCCAUGAAUGGAGACUAUAGGCCACACAUGUUGAUACUCCGGGUAUUCGUUCGCUUCCCACCGCUAGUCGCUGCCCUGGCCAAUUCUAACACCUUCCUGCCCGUGAACAUCGAGGCCCAAGACAUUGAAACACACAGCCUCUUGGGGCCCUUCUUCCGCCUCUCCCCCAUGCAGGCGGAAGUAGCCAUGAACUACUUCGCUGGCUCGUCAGCCAUCGACAGGGGUCUCAUCGCAAACGCUCAACGCGCCGUCCGCAUGACACUGCAAACCCACCAAGAGGAACUGUUGGAUAUUACGAACACUUUCAUCAAGAAUAAGGAGUCUCGUGAGAAAAUGCUGGACUGGCUAGCCUUGACAGUCAACAAGAACCACAAGCGACGUGCCAUGCAAGUAGACAGGAAGCUAGUUUCGUCUGAUGGUUUCAUGGUCAAUGUUACUGUCAUCUUAGAUCGCCUGUGUGAGCCCUUCAUGGACGCCACAUUCUCCAAGAUCGACCGCAUCGACAUUGACUACCUGCGUCGGUCGCCUCGCGUUAAUAUCAAAGACGAGACCAAGAUCAACGCCGACCAAAAGACCUCUGAUGACUUCUACAGCACCCAAGUAUCUGGUACAAACAACUUCAUCAGCGAAAUCUUCUUCCUAACCGUGGCUGCUCACCACUACGGUCUUGAAGCGGCAAACGCGAAGCUGAGCUCCUUGCAAAAGGAUGUCAAAUGGCUCGAAAAGGAACUCGCUAAGCUUGAACCUGAGCGACCCAAGUAUAUGGGAAAUCCAGCUCAACUUAUCCUGUUCGACAACCAUAUCAAGAAGGUCAAGGAUCAGAUCGAGCGGGGCAAGUGCAGCAUACUAGCCAUCCAGGGUGUAUUGCUGGAUGAGACAAUGCAAGCUCGAUCUAUGCAACUGAUGCGCUAUGUCAUCGUAUGGCUACUACGACUCACUACUCCUGGUUUCCCCAAGACUGAACUACAGCUACCUCUGCCAGCAGAGCAACCGAUACAGUUCAAGUGUUUACCUGAAUACUUUGUUGAGGACAUCGUGGGUAACUUCAAGUUCAUCACUCGCUACAUGCCGCACAUCAUCACAACAACACAGUGCGAGGAGCUGGUCAAGAUUUGCAUCGCUUUGUUGCGGAGCUCCGAAUACAUCAAGAAUCCGUACCUAAAGUCCGGCCUAGUAACCAUCCUGUACCAUGGAGUAUGGGCCAUUCCAGGAAGACCAAAAGGUGUGCUUGGUGACACGCUGUUUGCGCACGACUUCGCAAUGAAGCAUCUGCUGCACGCACUCAUGAAGUUUUACAUUGAAUGCGAGAGCACAGGAACACAUACGCAAUUCUUCGACAAGUUUAACAUUCGUUACGAGAUCUUCCAGGUCAUCAAAUGUAUCUGGCCAAAUCCCGUCUAUAGGGAGCACCUUGCAACCGAAGCACGCAUCAACCUGGACUUUUUCGUUCAGUUUGUCAACUUGCUUCUCAAUGACGUGACGUUCGUCUUGGAUGAAUCAUUCACGGCAUUUAAGGAGAUCCACGACCUUUCCAGGGAGCUGAAAAACGCCCCGGCAGACAUGGAUCCGACGGCGCGUCAAGAGCAAGAAGAGAAGUUGACAUCGGCCCAAAGCAAGGCGAAGAGCUACAUGCAGCUGACAAAGGAGACCGUUGCCAUGUUGAAGCUGUUUACUGAGGCACUGGCUGAUUCUUUCACCAAGAAGGAGGUCGUUGUACGACUUGCACACAUGCUGGACUACAACCUGGAGGCUCUGGUGGGGCCCAAGAAGUCCAACCUUAAAGUUGAAAACCCCCAGGAGUAUGGCUGGGACCCGCGUGAAAUGCUGGCAGAAGUCACUGAUGUUUACCUCAAUUUGCAAGACAAGCAGUCUUUCAUUGACGCAGUAGCUACAGACGGACGCUCGUACCGCGCAGAGUACUGGGAUGAAGCCUACAAGAUCUUGCAGCGCUUCAAGCUCAAGACACCUGAGCAGAUGGAGCAGUGGCAGAGCAUGGCGGAGCGCAUCAAGACAGCCAAGGACCAGGCCGAUCUAGAAGAGGCAGAUCUUGGUGACAUCCCCGAGCAGUACGAGGACCCUCUCAUGGCCUCGCUCAUGGAGGAUCCCGUCACUCUUCCCAUCAGCAAGCAGAUUGUCGACCGAAGUACAAUCCAAUCGCAUCUCCUCAGCGAUCCACACGAUCCUUUCAACCGUACUCCACUCAAAAUCGAAGACGUCAUUCCCAACGACGCUCUCCGGGAGGAGAUUCAGGCCUGGAAACAGAAUCGCUUGGCACAAAAGAUGGCCGAACGCAACGCUGCUACUGCGCCGCCUGCUGAAGCCAUGGAUACUUCCAUGUAG